GCGGGCACUGUGCAUUCCUCGGCGGCCCAUCCUUGGGGUCCCGGGGAAUGGCCAUGCUCUGAUGUCUGAUGGUUGGCUUGAUAAAUGCUUGCUUCUCCGCCUUUUGGCCUUUGGCGUGCACAGAAUCUUUUCCCUACUCUCCCUACCCCUCCCCCCCCCCUCCCCUUCCACCUUUUCCUUUAUAACGGUUGUAGCAGCGAGAGACACCCGUCCAGACGCCGUCUCCCAGAACUGGCGAUUGAACCCCUCUUGCCCACUAGCUAUAGUAGGAGCUGAGUUACCUGGCCAGCUUAACCCUGAUUGAGAGAAGGGCCCAUUUGGACACAUAUCACUUCGACCGCCUUCUUUCCCCGCAGCUGUUGCACCAUAGCAACGCUCCUUUACCGUGCCCCAGUAUAUAACAGCUCGGGUUGGGCACCGCCGGCAGGCCUCAGGGAGAAUCUGCUAUCCACUCGCCAACCAGCGAUAAACAUAUGGGAUCCAACAUGACGGAAACACGCAAAGAGCACGCCGAACUCGCCAUCAAUCCGCACCCCGAUGAUCUAUGCGCUCACCGGAGGAGCGUGCCGGCAAGCACCGUGGCUACUAUCGAAGAGGUUCCCCCGGUCAAGGAGGGGAGGUUUGCAUUCUUGAAGACCUUCCGUUUUUACCAGGUGCUCUUCAUUGGGUAACCGCUCAUCCAUUUACCCCCCCCCCCGGUAAAGCUCUCCUGUGUUUGUCGUGGUGGCUAACGGGUUAUCUUGUAGCCAAGUCCUCGCUUUAUGUCUUGUCUCCACGAAUACGUUUUCGCUCCUGUUGGUCAACGAGGGCACCUCGAUUCCGGCCUUCCAAUCAUUCUUUUCCUAUGUGCUUUUAAACUUGGUUUACACAGGCUAUACUCUGUACAAAUAUGGGCCCAAGCAAUGGGCUCAGAUGGUACUGAAGGAUGGCUGGAGAUGUACACCCCAAACCCUCCCCAACAUAGCCCCUAGAGACAGUGUGAUUGACCGGUAAUCAGAUUUCAUCCUCGCCUUCCUGGACGUCGAGGGUAACUACUUUGUGGUGCUCGCAUACCGCUAUACAACGAUGCUCUCCGCCCAGCUAAUCAACUUCUGGGCAAUCGUGGUAGUGGUGAUACUGUCGUUUCUCUUCCUGCGUGUUCGCUACAGCAUACCACAGAUCCUUGGCAUCCUUAUCUGCUGUGGGGGUAUGGGGGUCCUGUUGGCUAGUGACGCGAUGGACGGCGUUGCCCUCGGGGGAAUGCCAACAGAGCUGAAGGGUGACCUAUUCAUGCUUCUGGGGGCGACCAUGUACGGGUUUUCCAACGUGGUGGAGGAAUUCUUUGUAUCGAAGAAGCCACUCUUCGAAGUUAUUGGGCAACUGGCCUUCUGGGGUAUGCUUAUUAAUGGUACGCAGGCUGGAAUCUUCGAUAGGGCCAGCUUCCGGAGUGCUACAUGGAAUGGCAAGGUUGGAGGCUAUAUGUCUGGAUACACUCUGACUUUGUUUACUUUCUGUAAGCAUGCAAACCAACCAGCCGACAAGCCCUAACUGCGGUGCUAACAAAUGCAUAACAGACAGCAUUAUGCCGAUCCUUCUACGCAUGUCUUCGGCGGCAUUCUUUAACAUUUCCAUCCUAACAACCAGUUUCUGGGGUGUCCUUAUCGGGAUCCGGGUGUUCGGUUAUGUUAUUCGCAAGCUUUACCCGGUAGCUUUCGUGAUGAUCAUUCUUGGUAGCCCGCCUUCCCCCCCCCGACCUCGAUUUAGAAAAAAUGUGGAUCUAACGUUCUCAGGAUUAAUCACCUACUUUGCAUUCCAAAAUUCCCUUGGCGAGUCACGUAAGCCCUGGCUGGGAAUCAACCAGGAGAAGGGUAUCGCUGGUGUUGGCACUGCAAAGAGGAAGGUUAAGGUGGACAUGGAGACUGGCUAUGGGGACAGUGCUGCAGAGGGAGUGGCCGGUACAAGGGAAGCAACGGAUACCACUGGAAAAUAG